UUAUCAUCCUCAACGGCUAUAUUCUCCAAUUUCUCACUGUUCAAAUCAUUCAGCAGUCCGCCCUCCAACGGUCCAUUUCCCACUUAAUAAGGUCACCUCACAAAUUCCCUGCCCUAACAUAUCCACAUUGAAAUAUCUUCUCUCUCAAACUUUAUACUUUUCUCUGUCUCUCUCUCUCUCUCUCUCAAAUGGACACUGCUAAAGUUCAGCAUGUAACAAAAGCUUCUUCAGAUGAACUGCUUAAGAAAUUUGCAGAACUGGGUUCUGAAUCUGAUGACAAGGCCAGUGCUAAGAGAGAACUAAGGUUGUCCAAACGCCGCAAAACAAGCCGGAAAAUCCGAGAUAGUGAUCAUUGUGAUCAGAGCCCAUUACAUUUUAGUACCGCCUUAGUGGAGAAGAAGUCGCUUCUUCCUCCCGCCGGCCGGAGAUCAAUGGUGUUGAUUCGCCAGCUUGGGAUUGGGAGGGCAAAGCUCAGGCCAAGAGAUUUCAACAAGAAGUCAAUUUUGGGAACAAUUGAGAAGACAUGGCGUAGAACUGUUGAAGGGGCUUCAAAGGUCUUCAUGGAGAAGCAUUACAACCGGCACAAGCGUUUGAUAAGUGACAUUGCGUAGAUCCAGCUAGCUUGCCACGGGUUGUUUCUGGAAACUGUAAUCUGAUUUUGGAGAAGAAGGGUAAAACAAGCUCAGUCCAACUAACUUGCAUUAGUAGUUAUUCAACUUAUUCUUUGUAUUUAUGUUAUUUUUUACCACAGCGAAAUAAUAAUUUACUUUUAAGUUAUAGAAGUUAAGAUCUAUCCCCUGAUGUUCUAUUUUACAAA